AUGUCCAAGUUCUCCAUGCUCGCAUCAUCAAAUGAUGGUCUACAGUUGCUAACCGUGCUAGACUUGAAAGGUGCCUUGUUGGAGACAUUCCCAAAUGAAGUUCUGAAACUAAUUCAACUCAGGUAUUUAAGUUUGAGGGGAACCAAUGUAAAAGUAAUUCCGAAGUCGAUUGGAAAGCUCCAAAACCUGGAAACAUUGGACCUUAAAGAUACGUAUGUCACUGAGUUGCCUGAUGAUAUCCUCAAGCUCCAACAACUUCGCCAUAUCUUGUUGUAUCGCUACAAACAAGAUCUUGUUCCUUCCAUUUGUUUUCAACACCAUUGUGGAUUCAAAGCCCCGACGGAAAUAGGAAGUUUGUCAUCCUUACAGAAACUUUGUUCUAUUGAAACAAACCAUGAUAAUGGAACCAUUUUACUAGGAGAGGUAGGGAAGUUGACUCAACUGAGGAAAUUACGCAUUGAAAAACUGAGAAAUGAAGAUGGGAGGGUGUUAUGCUCGUCCCUUGAGAAGCUUAGUAACCUUCGCUCAUUGGUUGUUCGUGCAGCAGGAGAAGACGAGAUCAUUGAUCUAGAUUCUCUUUCUUCAACUCCUCAACUUCUUCGAACGCUCUACCUAGUAGGAAGAUUACAUAAGGUACCGCAUUGGAUACCUUCAUUGCACAGCUUGGUAAGAGUAAUUUUAGCAUGGAGUAAGUUGAAGGAUGUUGAUCCACUAGAAUCCCUUCAAGGUUUGCCCAAUUUGGUUGAACUUCAACUUCGUCGGACAUAUGAAGGGAAAGAAUUGUGUUUCAAGGCUGGUGGAUUUCAAAGACUUGUGAGAUUAGGACUUGCGGGAUUAAAAAGAUUGAGAUGGGUGAAAGUGGAAGCUGGCUCGAUGCCUCAUCUUGAAGAGUUAUUUAUCUGUGAAUGUAAAUUGGUAGAGGAGUUACCCUAUGGCAUUGAACAUCUAACCAACCUUAAAUCUCUUUAUUUUGUUGAUAUAUCGUAUGGAUUGAGUUUAAGCCUGGACAUAAACUUAGAAGGUGGGAAUUAUUGGAAAAUUGCACACAUUCCAGAAGUUUGGAUUGGGGACACAAUGUCUGGCUCUAUGCAAGGAAAUUAUCUAUAG